CUGAGCCAGCUAUUCUAAACCUGAGUGACCUCCCUCACCUCGCUGGCUGCCCAUUCCGCCCCUCGGUACUCCUCCCACCUGUGACUCCAGUGGGCCAAACCACGCCAACUCGGGCCCACCCCGCCGCACCCCGCCCUCUCAUUGGCCACCUGGGGAGUCCCGCCGGCUUGCCCCAGCUCCAUAAAUACCAGUACAUCCUUCCCUAGCCAUAGGAGUCCUCAGAGUAGGAGAGAAAACGAGGGCGGCAGCAGGAGCAUCCAUCCUCGUGCACACCACCUCGGCGGCGGGUCCUGACUCCAGCCCCACAGGCACAUAGAUCUACAGAUAGACAAACCAGAGAACGAAGACGUCCCUUGCGUGCAGAACACGCUCUGACAAGAGCUGCCUGCCUGUACCACAGCCCACCACUCCCAUCUCCUUUCUCUCUCUGAACUCUGGGGAAGCUGCAAUUUAGUCACUGUUCCAGCACUGAGCAUCUUUCUCCCAAUACUACUUCUCUGUCUACUCCUCUUCCUCCCCCCGCCUCAUUUCUCUGCAUACCCCCAAAUUCGUGUUUUCCUCCCAAUCCUCCAAACCUCUCUGGAUCUGCACAUCUAGCUCCUCUUUGACACUUUUAGCUUCUCGCACACUUUUCUCCAUUUCAUUUGCCCCACACGACUCUGGUCCCUGCAAGCCAUGAGUUCGCCCAUCAGGAAAUCUCCCUACGUCGCUGCCUUCAUGAAGCAAAUCAGAGGCCUCAGACAGCCUCCUCGACCUGUCACAUCCUCCGUGUGCGGCCCCCAGCCUCCUGAGGCGCCACCGAUUUGCCCUCUGAUGGUACCCAGCGAGGUGCAAUCUGCAUCUGCCCUGCCGGGUCCAACCAACUGGCCCCUCCUGGGAAGCUUGCUGGAAAUCCUUUGGAAGGGGGGCCUGAAGAAACAGCAUCAUACGCUGGCGGAAUACCAUAAGAAGUUUGGCAAGAUUUUCCGCAUGAGGCUGGGCUCCUUUGAUUCUGUCCACCUUGGCUCCCCGUGUCUGCUGGAAGCACUCUACCGCAAGGAGAGCAUGUACCCCCAGCGCUUGGAAAUCAAGCCCUGGAAAGCCUAUCGCGACUAUCGCCAGGAGGGCUAUGGACUGCUGAUUCUGGAAGGGAAAGACUGGCAGAGAGUAAGGAGUGCCUUUCAAAAAAAGCUAAUGAAGCCCACAGAGAUUAUGAAGCUGGAUGACAAAAUCAAUGAGGUCUUGGCAGACUUCAUGCAAAGAAUAGAUGAUCUCUGUAAUGAAGAUGGCCAAAUUGAAGAUUUAUAUAGUGAACUGAACAAAUGGUCAUUUGAAAGUAUUUGCCUGGUGCUAUAUGAAAAGAGAUUUGGACUGCUGCAGAACAAUGCCAGUGAGGAUGCUUUGAACUUCAUUACAUCCAUCAAAACAAUGAUGAGCACUUUUGGGAGGAUGAUGGUGACCCCAGUGGAGCUUCACAAAACUCUGAACACCAAGGUGUGGCAGAUGCACACUCAGGCCUGGGAUAACAUCUUUAAAGCAGUCAAGUCAUGUGUCAACAACCGAUUAGAAAAACACUUGGAGAAUCCCAGUGAAGAUUUUCUUUGUGAUAUUUAUCACCAUAAUCAGCUUUCUAAAAAGGAGUUGUAUGCAGCUGUUACAGAGCUCCAGCUAGGUGCAGUAGAAACGACAGCCAAUAGCUUAUUGUGGGUUUUAUAUAACUUAUCUCGAAAUCCACGGGUGCAGAAGAAACUUCUUGAAGAAAUAGAAAGAAUUUUGCCUGAUCACCGGUCGCCCAAUGCAGAGGACUUGAAGAAUCUUCCUUAUUUAAAAGCUUGCCUAAAAGAAUCAAUGAGGUUAACACCAUCUGUGCCAUUUACAACUAGGACUCUUGACCAGGAAACUGUUCUUGGAGACUAUGCCCUACCCAAGGGGACAGUUUUAAUGUUAAAUACUCAGUUCUUGGGAUCUAAUGAAGAAAAUUUUGAGGACUGGAGUCAAUACAGACCAGAACGUUGGCUUCAGGAAAAAAAGAAAAUCCAUCCUUUUGCUCACCUUCCAUUUGGCAUUGGGAAGAGGAUGUGCAUUGGACGGCGCUUAGCUGAACUCCAUCUUCAUUUGGCUCUUUGCUGGAUUGUACGAAAAUAUAACAUUGUAGCUAUAGAUGAUGAGCCAGUGGAAAUGCUACAUUUGGGCCUCCUGGUCCCCAAUCGGGAACUUCCCAUCGCUUUCUUGGCACGAUGAGGUUCUUUAGGUUAUUCUUCAGGUUCUCCACCAAGUACCAAGAAAAGCCUCUUUUAAUAUAUACUCAAGAUUGGCGUUCAAUCCACUGAAUGAUCAAUGGAAAGCCUACUUUUCAAGAGCAACAGAUGGCAUCCACAGGGCAUUUCAUCCCUAUACUGGGUGGAUAUUCUUUUCUCCUAUAUAGUUUCCGAUACCUCAUUUAUUUUUACUGUAACAAACUCAGGGAACUGUACUGAAUGCUGGAAUACAGGGUAUUUUAUUUCUAUAUCAGAUCAAUAGUAAGGAAAAACAAUCAUUAGUAUCUAAAGGUACCCUAACUUCAAAUAGUUCUAGUCUUAACUUGGUCAUUAGUGAGCCAAACUUUCUACCUAACAUGAGGGAAAUGGAAAGGGUGGAUGAAUUCUGAGAAAGCCAGAUAGGAGAUGGAGAACUAUCUUUGUCCUUCUCUUAGGUAGGUCUUGAGUUUCAGAUGGCUGAAUCUGGGGCAUCUCUCUGCCUUGAGGACUCUACAUUUACAUAACUCUUAGCUGAAGACCAAAUGUUAUGUGGGACAGCAAAGAACUAUUAGCAAAUCAAUGACCUAAAACUGUUUACAUUUCUAUCAUAAACACAUACUGUUUCAAUAUUUUAAGGCUCUCCAUACUUCAUCCCUGAUUACAAUCUCUCUUUCCUUUAGGAGGCAGAAUGUAUGAGUUUCCAGGGUGAGGAAAAAAAAUCUAUAAUCCACUAUACACAUUUAAGAAUAUAAUUAUUAAAUAAGUUACUAAAUAUCCAGAAAUUAACUAAUGUCAGCAACUGUGAAAGUGUUGGCUAAGUCUACCUCCCUGCCAAUAAAAUUAAGGAUAGUUAGACAUUUAAAAAAAUAUUUUCAUAUGUCUUUAACUAAGCAGAAAAUUAUUAUUUUAA